AUGGGAAACGACUCCUUCGUCGUUGCCGAGGGAAUGGCUCCGCCACAAAGGAUCCUCUUUCCCCCGGAGAAGAUUUGCAUGGAGUGGCAGCGACGACAGAGAGCUGGAGCGGGACUCCACAACCUGGGCAAUACGUGCUUCCUCAACUCCGUCCUGCAGUGCCUGACGUACACACCCCCUCUGGCCAACUACCUGCUCUCUCGGGAGCACAGCCGGUCGUGUCGUCAGCAAGGCUUCUGCAUGAUGUGCAUAAUGGAAGCGCACGUUAAACAAGUCCUGCAUUCCUCAGCCAGUGCCAUCCAGCCUCGGGCUGUCAUCAGUGUUCUCACACGAAUAGGAGAACAUUUCCAGCUUGGCAUGCAGCAAGACGCCCACGAGUUCUUACGCUACACUGUCGAUGCCAUGCAGAGAGCUUGUCUGAAUGGAAGUAGCAACUUGGACAUCUCUUCUCAAUCAACUACCAUUGUCAAUCAAAUAUUUGCGGGCGUUCUGAGAUCCAGAGUCACGUGCUUGAGCUGCAAAGGGGUGUCCGAUUCCUACGAGGCCUUCCUGGAUGUUCCUUUGGAUAUCGAA